AUGGUGCUCUCCUAUGCUGCACCUGGAGGUAGAGUUUUGAUGUUUCGUGGAGAUGGAAAAUAUAUCUUGACUGGUGGUGAAGAUGAUCUAGUUCAAGUUUGGAGUAUGGAAGAUAGGAAGAUAGUAGCAUGGGGAGAGGGGCACAACUCUUGGGUCAGUGGAGUUGCUUUUGACCCUUAUUGGUCACCCCCAACUUCUGAAGACACAGAAGAAAAUGCCAUGUAUCGCUUCGGCUCUGUUGGUCAGGAUACACAGUUGCUUCUUUGGGACCUAUCCAUGGAUGAGAUUGUAGUGCCACUUCGCCGUUGUCCACCUGGUAGUUCCCCUACAUUCAGUACCGGAAGUCAGUCAUCUCACUGGGACAGUGCAAUCCCAGUGGGUACCCUCCAACCUGCGCCAAGCAUGAGAGAUGUUCCGAAGCUGGCCCCAGUAGUUGCCCACCGUGUCCAUCCUGAACCUCUAUCUGGCUUGCUUUUUACGCCCGAAUCCAUCCUUACUUCUUGUAGGGAAGGGCACGUGAAGAUUUGGUUGAGACCAGGGCAGUUGGAGCAAUCAAACAACUCUGAGUACCUUUCAGCUUAUAGUUUAAAAGACAAGACCUCAUCCUCAAGUAAAGUUGGUAGUCUUAGUUACAAAUAA